CACCGCGGCGCGGCUGUCAUUCCGCCCGCGGAAUUCCGCAAAGUCUCUCCCCGGCAUCGUCGUCGUCGAGUGCUACUCUCCGGCUAUCUCGCGAGGGGUACUCUUCGUGGUCUCGAUCGAGCACGAGAAACGAGACAUCUCAGGUUUGCUCGUUCGCUUGCUCGUUACCGCCUGCGCACCGGUUUCGCCGUCGCGCGGUCGCCGAAGGGAAAGGUUCCUUGCAGACGGUGGUUGUUCAACGUGACAUUGUCCUUUCCACCCUGCUCCUCGUCGUCCCAGAGGAGAGAGCGGGUGGUCUCUCUCUGGGUGGACGUGAGGACGGCGUUUCCGUUUCGCCAGGUCCUGGCGAACGUCAUGUUCGAUACCGCGCACCGCGUAUCCACGCUGCGGUAAACUCGCCGUCCCGGUCCCGGUAACCAGAAAGCAGGCGUCGCACCGUCGCCGGCAGGCGGGAAGAUUCGCCGAAAAGAAGAGGACUGUCAUCCCAGCAUCUAGCCCCAUCAAGCGUCAGACCACCAGCCGGCGAUGCCUGCACCGACGUCAGUGGCGGGUGCGGCCCCUGAGGGUGGCCCGCCUCGCACCGAACUGCAGGAGUUACAACUCAAGGCCGGCCAGGUUACGGAUGAAUCUCUGGAAAGCACGAGGCGUAUGCUGGCGUUAUGUGAGGAGAGCGAGGAGAUCGGAGCGAACACUCUGACGAUGUUAGACCACCAAGGCGAACAGCUGGACCGGAUCGAGGAGGGCAUGGACCAGAUUAACGCCGACAUGAAAGAGGCCGAAAAAAAUCUUACUGGAAUGGAGAAGUGCUGCGGCCUUUGCGUUCUUCCCUGUAACAAAGGCGCCAGCUUUAAAGAAGAUGAGGGCACGUGGAAGGGCAACGAUGACGGCAAGGUCGUGAACAACCAGCCGCAGCGGGUGAUGGACGACCGCAACGGUCUCGGGCCGCAGACCGGCUAUAUCGCCAAGAUCACGAACGACGCGCGCGAGAGUGAGAUGGAGGAUAACAUGGGCCAGGUGAACACGAUGAUCGGCAACCUGAGGAACAUGGCGAUUGACAUGGGCAGCGAGCUCGGGAAUCAGAAUCAGCAGAUCGACAGGAUUAACCGCAAGGGUGAAUCAAACGAGACGAGGAUACAGGUGGCCAACGAGCGAGCCCAUCAACUACUCAAGUAAGCGGCCACACUCUCUGUCGACUAUCCGCGCCCCGUCGGCCGCCACGAGCGUCACCACCAUCACCCUCCACCACCACCACCACCACCACCAACAACAACAACAACAACAACAACACAAUAGCAACAACAACAACAUCGACACCAACAACAAUCAGCACAAUUACAUUCGACAGUCUACUCGAUCGUUUACUCGCGAUCUAUAAUCGCGUUACGUCUGUUAGAACGUUGUUUUUUCGUUCAUCUUCACCGAUACCGAGUACCGGCCGGUACUUUUCGAGCUCGGUAUCGUCAGAAUAUGUAAUACUUAAUGAAAAUACUUAACCCUAAACUUGACUGAGUGGAUUCUGUAAACUAUAAUUCUCAGAAUUUCGUAAUGUCCUUUUUCGUUCGUAAUAAGAGAUCGUUUGAAUCACGCGUCACAUCGCCAUAGGCGUCUAAAAAUCAUCGCGACGAUAUGUAAAGGGACUUGGGAUCUUUGGGACGUUUUUCGGAUUUUUGGCACAGUUUCUUAAGCUAUAUUAUAUUAAAUUAUAAUACACUCCGCGAACGAUAAUGCCGAGAAAAUCGACGUGAAAGAAAAAUAAACGCUGAAUUGGUUGUCGGUGAACUGGUGAGUAUCUGCUCUGCAUUUCCUUCGUAUAACGAAAUUUUUUUACUUUCUUAGCUUUCGCAAGUUUAGGGUUAAUAUACGAAGCAAAUUCGCACGUUACAAAUUCGGAGAUUCUGACUUUCGGCUUCAGAUCUGACCGUACAAGUCCGGUUCCUCAUUUAGCGUCGAAAACAUCCAAUUUAAUUUUCCAUCUUUAACCUUGCUAAUUCACAUUUUGCAACUAAAAAUUAGAUUUAAUCUCCGAGACGGGCUUUUUGUCUUUACAAUGGCAAUAAUCCGCCGAUGCAGAGCUUCGAAGAUUCGAGGCGAAUGUUUCGAGGCAUUUAGAUGUGGCUAAUCGGUCAUCAAAGCUGGAUUAAAAACGGAUCUCUAACUUAAGAUUAACGGAACAGUCUUAUUGUACCGAUCACAACGAAGAAGCCGAUGAAAUCUUUUUCUAGCAUGGCAAAAGCGUCGAGUUAUCGCGUAGUUUAAAAAACGGAAAAAACGCUAAAAUCCAAUCUCCGAUUCGGGAACGAACAGCUUCGUUCUCUAUGCCGGCAGAGUUAGCGCGUUGAACGAUGGAACUUAAAUAAAAAUUAAUACACGCGCGCACACACACACACACACACACACACACACACACAUAUAUAUAUAUAUAUAUAUCUUUCGUUAGUCACACACACGUACAUACACGUACACAUACCGGGAAGAUUAAAUGCACGAAAAAUUGCAGCAAUUAAUUCAAUUCUCUCGGUUUAAUCGACUCUAGACAGUAGGACGGGAUUGUAUCGAAAGCGCAAGAAACAAACGGAGGGGAAAAAAGAGAAAGGAACAAGAUAAUAGUACAAAAAUUAUUACACUUAUCUCCCGUUUAGAAAAAACAUUUCGAGUACAAGCUUUAUUUAUUUGUCUCAUCGUAUAUUGCCGCUCUCCGCGAUUACAAUUUGCACUCGAGGAUCACCCUCGAAGCGUGUCAACGAUCCUGUCUACAAACGAAAGAAGCAACAUCCUAAUCUCCCUCUCCCUCGAGUCUCCCCCGAAACACAAGGGGGGACCCUGCGUUGUUUUC